CUGCUCCUCAAUUGUGUGGUAAAAGUAAAUUUCACAUUUAAAUUUUGGCUUUUUUUCUCCCUCUUAAACCUCAUCGUACAAUAACAUUAUGGUUCAGCUUGACAGAUUAAACGACUUGUCUGAUCGUAUUGCCCAUGAUGCUCAGAUUUUUGAUGAUUUAUUGAGACUUAUACCCGCCAAGUUUUAUGUUUCUGAGAAAAAUGAUGACGAAAAUAUGCAUAGCAAGUUUCAACAUAAUAAACGUAAAAAGACACCUAAGCAAGCCAUCAAAGAAGCAACAAAAAAGGCGAAAAAGCUGAAACUGGAUCCCGAAAACGCCAAGACAAUAACAGAUAUUCAAACUGAAAAGGCACAGCAGUUACAGCAACAGCAAGAAAAAGAAGAAGACAGUAGCGAUGCAUCCGACGAUGACAGUGGAGCUAUGAGAAACAAUGACGAUGACGAUCAAGAAAUGGAUGUUGAUUCGGGUGCGUUUAGUGGAAUGAGUGAUAAAGACUCUGUCACAACAACUACAUCUAUCAAUACAGCAACAACAACAGAUACAAACGGAAAUGGCGCUGAUUCAGUUGAUGUUCAACCUAUGGAAAGGAGUGAUAUUUCAGAACUUCGUGUACGUCUUCAAGAAAGAAUCAAUGAAUUACGUAAAAAGCGUAAUGCUGCCAAUGAUACCGAGAAGAAAGCUAGAAGUCGCGCUGAAAUCUUAGCUGCUAGAAAUAAAAAGAAGGAAGAUAGAAAGAAAGCGAUAAAAGCACAAAAAGAGAAGGGUAACAAAGCCGCUUCAGAAGAACUUGUUGUGCCUGAUCACCAGAAGCCCGCUGUUGACAAAUCUAAACCUUCAGCUGAUUCCAUCAAGAUGGAUGGUGCUGUAUACUUUGGUAAACUUGCUGUAGGCAAAGAACAGCCUAAAAAGAAGGGACCCUCUGAUGCAAAGACACAACUCAAGAUGCUGGAGCAAAAGAAGGAAAAGAUUGAAAAGUUGAAGGAUGAAGAUAAAUCUAAAGCUGAUCAGUUAUUAGAAAAGGAAGAAUGGAAUAAGGUCUUAUCUUUAGCGACUGGUGAAAAGCCUAAAGACAAUGUCAAAUUACUGAAAAAGACGAUCAAACGACAGGAGAAGCAAAAGGGCAAGAGUGCUCAAGAAUGGAAUAAGCGUUUGGAUAAGGUCAAGAUGGAAGAAAAGAAGAAGAUCCAAAAGAGAGAAGAGAAUAUUAAAGCUAAAAUUGAGGAGAAAAAGAAUAGAAAACGUGGUAUUAAAAAGCCUAAAGCUCGUCCAGGUUUUGAAGGAAUCAAACGCGGUAAAGGUGGUAAAGUGACAAAACCUACUCCUCCUACUCACAAGCAUAAGAAAUAGAGAAACUUCAAUAUUCCAAAACUGCGCAUACAAACCUUUUUCUUUUAUUUUAAUCUAUAAUUAUUGUAUUUCCUGUUUUCCAUUUUGUAAAAUAAAUCUCGUCGAAAUUCCCCAAAUGCCCCCCCCUCUUGUGACUUGCCUGUG